CGACAUCCAAGUUUGCAUUACGUAACCAAAUAUAACCUAACUGAAAUCUGACAGCUCCCACAACAACAAACAUGAGCAGGAACGUUUUAAAGAGUAGUCUGCAAAACGCAUCUUUCAGUAUUGUUUUUCAGAUCCUUUUUCGAUGCAUAACAUUCGUUUUGAACGCUUUUAUAAUACGAACUUUGGGUCAGGAUGUGCUCGGAAUUAUGAACGUACGACUUUUAUUAUUAGAAUCAACGAUUUUAUUCCUUUCCAAAGAGCCCAUAAUGAAAGCGUGUCUUACUGACACUAAAUCACACAACUGGGCCCAAGUUAUUAACCAGGUUUGGCUCUCUGUUCCUAUAUCAAGUGUCUUGAGUUUUAUACUUGUGUAUGUUUGGACUAAUGUUUUAAGUCCUACUGAAGAACAAUAUCAAACACAAUACAGAUUAGGUUGUUAUGCUGUUGCAUUGUCUUGCAUAAUUGAAUUAAUGACACAAAGUGUUGUUCUCGUUGCUCAGAGUUAUUGUUUUGUUAAGUUAAAGAUAAUCCUAGAGACUAUUUAUAUUUUAUCCCGCACGUUUAUAUUUGUCUUCUUUGUAAUAAACCACCCUAAAAGUGCAAUAAAUGCUUUCUCUCUAGCGCAAAUUAUCUCAUCAAUAAUUUUAUGUUUGUUGUAUUAUGUAUUUUUCAACUGGUACAUUACAAACUUAAAUAAACUAAGGGACAGCAAUAAAACGGACGAUAAAAUUGUAAAAAGUGACAUAUUUAAGGACAUGAACGACUUUCCCUUUACAUCUGUUAUGGACUUUUUCCCAGGUAUCAUGGAAAAUGAAGAACGCAGUUUGAACAAAGACUUGUGCGUGUUAACAGUCAGCUUUGUAAAACAGUCGGUAAUAAAACAAAUAUUAACAGAAGGUGAACGUUAUGUGAUGACGAUAUCGCCCGUUUUAACAUUCAGCCAACAAUCAAUGUAUGAUAUUGUUAAUAACCUUGGCAGUUUAGCUGCUAGAUUUAUAUUCCGUCCAAUCGAAGAGAGCGCAUAUUUUUAUUUCACGCAAAUGAUAUUGCGUGACGAAGACAUCGAAUAUCAGGACGAAAAGAAUAUUGCGGAGGCUACGAACGUUUUAAGUCAGUUAUGUAAAGUUGUAACAAGUAUUGGACUCAUUGUGGUUGUUUUUGGCCAAUCUUAUAGUUACACUUUGUUGUAUUUGUAUGGUGGACACAAACUUAUUGAAACUGGUUUGCCUGUUACACUAUUGCAAUGGCACAGUUUUGCUAUAGUUUUGCUAGCUAUAAAUGGGGUUACUGAAGGUUUUGUUUUUGCUACCAUGAAUAGUCAACAGUUGGACAGAUAUAAUUACUUGAUGGUGGUGUUUUCUGUUAUGUUCCUGCUGAUUUCUUAUGUUUUAACGAAUAUUUUUGGAGCUGUUGGGUUUAUUUUAGCCAAUUGUAUUAAUAUGGGGGCGAGAAUUAUCCAUAGUUUGAGUUACAUAAAUAAAAUGUAUAAAGAUUCGACAUACCGCCCUCUAGAAGGACUAAUACCAGGCAAUAAAUUUGUGACAGUUUUAAUAUUAUCAGGAAUUUGUACAAAAUUAUCGGAGGGAUAUUUUCAGCAGAAUUUAAUUAUUCACAUAGGAAUAGGAGCAGUGUUGUUUACAUUAACUUUGUUAAUUUGGGCAUUGGAAAACAAAGAACUUCUGAGAUUAGGCUAUGACAAAUGCAAAAGAAAAAUGUCUCUAAAACAAGAUUAAAUUUGAAAUACAUAUUCCAAAGACUGUGUGAUAUAAUUGUUUUUGUAUAUAAGAAAUAAAUGUUAUUGUUUAA